CUAAUGUUUCAUAAGUUUUAUAAUGGAUGGAUCCCUCAAUGAACUUUGAGGAUAAUGCAUUAUGAAUUCUUUAUUCAUAAUGUAAAAGUUGGAUGGUGUCUUUCAAAGCAAAGUAAUUUUAAUAUGAAAUUUAUUCAAAAUGUGGAUGGAUAGACUUUGUUCCAUGAUUUUUGUAAGUGUGGCCCAAAAAUGCUGGAUGAUGCCUUAAUGUGAUAGUUGGUUUUGACCCUAGUCCCUAAAUGCUAUUAUCUAUUGUGCUUUGAUGGACCCUUAGUCCCUAAAUGCAAUUUUGCAACUACAGUAUGAAGUGAUUUUGAAAAUGCAAAAGAAAGUGUUUCCUUGUGUUUGAUUGGUCCACUGAUAAGGGUUUCAAAGGAUUUCUCUAAGGAAGAAACGAGUCAACUGAAGCAUAGUACAAAGAAACGAACUCUUUGGAGUCGUCUAUGAUAUUUAUACUGCAUUGCAUCUCAUACACUGAUCAUCUGCAUUAUUAUGCAGAACCUGAUCCAGCAUUGAAAAUAGGAUGUUGCCAGAUUUCUCCUAUUAUACCCCAUAAUUACAAGAUGCACAGGGAAUUUGCAAUGAAGGCAGCUGCCCACCCCAAAGUUGCAAUUGUGAUCCUGUAAUCAUUACCUUCAUUACGAGUUGUCGCGAUUUUUCUACAUUUCAUGAUGCUUUUCGCCAGUGUGCCUAACUUUGGUUGAAGACUAGGGAGAUGCUUGGCUUCCCCCUUGGUUUCAUCUCAGAACCUGAUCAGUCUGUAGUGCCAAAGGAUGUUUUGAAGGCUGCAUGUGAGAAGGUUCAUGAUCAUUGUUCUUGCAAUUGGAACUGAAGAGUUGCCACCUCAAGAUGUUGUUGAUGCAAGCAAAAAAACUGUUGUCAUCGCAUUCAUUAUACAGGAGGUUCGAGGUCCUCCUGUUUCAAAAGCAUUUGAUCAAGAAGGAAAUCCAACAAAGGCUGCUGAGGGUUUUUCAAGUAAAUAUUCUGUUCCACUGGACUUGGUAUACAGAAAGGUUGAUGGGAAAACAAAAUAUGUAAUACGCUUGUAUAAAAGAGUCUUCAAGACAUGCAUUGGAGGUUUCUAUUCUUUAUUUUUGAAAUCUAGCCAUUUUAAGCUUGUUUUUAUGUUCUUGGUAGUGUUAUUUGGAAAACAUAAGUACCAUAUUUUGGUGUGGUAUUUGUUUCUUAAAGGUAAUUUUUUCUACUCUUGUCAAGAUUUGCCUGCUACUAUUGCUAAAAUUUCAUUUCCAAAGACAAUGCGUUGGAAUUCUAAGUUGCCUGCUACUCGUUGAAAACAUGGUUACUAAGCUAAGUUGCCUCCUGGAUAUCAAUGAAGAUACACAACAAACUAUCAGAGAAGCUGCCUCACUUGCCAUGUUUGACCUUGCCACAUCAGUUGUCAUUGAAUUUACUGCACUUUAAGGAGUAAUGGGGCGUCACUAUGCCCUUCGAGUUGGAUAAUCUGAGCAGGUUGUUCAAUUUGCCAUGUCUGACGUUGCCAUAUCAGUUUUCAUGCCCAUUCCAGUUGUAGUACUGCAUCUUAUUUGGUUACUAACAACUUAUUAUCUUGCAAUUUUUUUCUUCUUUUUCUUGUCACUUUAAAUCUUGCAGAUCACCGGGGCCUUGUUUGAGAUCACACUUCCUAGAUUUUCUGGGGACAUAGUUCCUAAAAGCGACGCCGGUAUAGUUUUGGCAAUUGCUGAUAAGUAAAUAUGGUUCCUUAAUAUGAAUAUUUUCCUGCUUAUUCUAAUCAAUGUAGUCAGGUUCUCGCACUGGACUUAGGUUCUUGUGAUCUUACGAGCUCGUCAAGGCCAAACGAGCUUAUAACUUGUUCCAGUUCGUUUUUGGACGAGUUGUCUCUAUCGGUGUCUUCUGAAGCAACUGCAAAAUGGUUUUGAUCCUAAGAGCUCGUCAAGAAGCAAUUGUUUCUAUCGGUG